CUUUCUCUCUGUGCCCAAACAGAGGUGAUUCUUGGAUUCGAUCAUUCAAGAAGGCAUGAACUGUGUAUAUGGUGGUGGGUUCGGCGACUCGGUCGUUCAUCAACGACUAUACGAUGUUGUGAUAAUGUGAUUAGUUCGCAGUCAACAGUGGUGAUGACAGAGCCUUAACCCCCCUCUCUUUUUUUCUCUCUAUCUCUCACACACACACGAAUCGGUGAUCACCCUAGGAUAGUCAGAUCCUCACUGGUUCUGUUGAAUUGGAUUGCAUAACUGGGUGAUUGGUUGGUGAAUUUUUCUCCAAAUGGGUGAAAAAUUGGCCAUAUCUGUUGAGUCAGAGAGAGAAAGAAUAGUCUUUAGUGGUGGUGAGGAUCAGACUUUGGUCAUCAAGGUCACCGCACAACCACCCCCGCUAUCGACAGGGAAGAGAAGAAGAGUACCCACCACCAGCACCACCUACCUUUGGUCCAUCGCAGCCACCUCCACCUCCGUCUCCACAAGUAUUUCAUGGUUGAGGAGAGUCAUGGAUGACGCGACGUCGUUGACGUCUAGGGCAAACAGAGGGCCUCUAUGUUGUGCCAUUGUUCGAUUGGGCAUGAAUCCAAGAGAUUGUUGCCGAAAGUUUGAGAGGAUACAGAAGAAUGAUCAGAUUGUUGUUUUGAAGAAAGGCAAUGAUGAAUCAAGCUAUCAUGAUGAAGAUGAUAGAUUUUAGCUGGAAAUGGAAAGUUCGCGUGACGAUUUGAACAUUGCAAAUGUUCAUUCAGAUUAAGGGGAACAUGGUUAUCUCGUCUCAGUGAUCAGGUGGAUGAAGGAAUGUUUGAUAUUAACAAUGUUGUUGGGAAGUCUUCUUAGAGCACCGUUACUAUUUGCAGUUUAGUGAAAUUUUUUGAUCGAAGUGAAGAAGUGAUAAUUCUAAG